CCAGCCACGGCGCAGCCCCUGGGUCUCUUCGGUCUCCUCCCGCCGCUUGGAAGCACCGCAGCGCUGCUGAGCCCAGUGAAGCGCCAGCUCGUCAUGGGGAGCCCGGUUCUCAGGCCCGCGCUGCCGCUCCCGCCCGCGCUGCAGCUGCUGCUGCUGCUGCUGCUGCUAUGCGUCCCACCUAGCCGCGGCUUCCCAGGAUCGGGAGACUCACCGCUAGAAGACCAUGAAGUCGAUUAUUCUCACACUAGAUAUGAAGACACCCCAUGGUGCUCCCCCAUCAAGGUGAGGUAUGGGGAUGUGUACUGCAGGGCCCCUCGAGGAGGAUACUACAGAACAGCUCUGGGGGCCAGGUGUGACAUUCGCUGCCAGAAAGGCUAUGAACUUCAAGGCUCUUCUCAGGUGGUCUGCCAGCCGAAUAAGCGCUGGUCAUCCAAGACCAUCUGCAAACAAAAGCGAUGUCCUCCCCUUGCCAUGCCAGUCAAUGGAGGGUUUAAAUGUGUAGAUGGUGCUUACUUUAACUCUCGGUGUGAGUACUACUGCUCUCCAGGAUACACGUUGAGAGGGGAGCACAGGGUCAUAUGUAAGGACAACAAGGCCUGGAGCAGCCCACCAGCCUCCUGCAAUGAUAUUGAUCCUCCUACAAUAAAGUGUCCAAGUGUGAAGGAACGUAUUGCAGAACCCAAUAAGCUAACAGUCCGAGUGUCCUGGGAUACCCCAGAAGGAAGAGACACAGCAGAUGGCAUUCUUACUGAUGUUAUUCUAAAAGGCCUCCCUCCAGGCUCACAUUUUCCAGAAGGAGACCACAAGAUCGAGUACACAGUCUAUGACAGAGCAGAGAACAAGGGCACUUGCAAAUUUCGAGUUAAAGUGAAAGUGAAACGCUGUGGCAAACUCAAUGCCCCAGAUAAUGGUUACAUGAAGUGUUCCAGUGACGGUGACAAUUAUGGAGCCACCUGUGAAUUCUCCUGCCUUGGUGGCUAUGAGCUCCAAGGUAGCCCUGCCAGAGUAUGUCAGUCCAACGUGGCUUGGUCUGGCACAGAGCCCGUCUGUGCAGAGAUGAAUGUUGAUGUGAAUGUCAGAACAGCAGCUGCAUUUCUGGAUCAGUUUUAUGAGAAAAGGAGACUCCUUAUCGUGUCCACACCAACAGCUCGGCAGCUCCUUUAUCGAAUGCAGUUGGAAAUGCUGCAGCAAGAGCGGUGUGGCUUGGAUCUUCGACACAUCACAGUGGUGGAGCUAGUGGGUGUGUUUCCAAAGCUCGUUGGCAGGAUAAAAUCAAAGAUGAUGCCUCCAGCCCUAGCCAUGCAGCUCAGGCUGUUGCUACGAAUCCCACUCUACUCCUACAGCAUGGUGCUAGUGGAUAAACAGGGCACGGACAAAGAACGCUACAUUUGCCUGGUGACACCCAAGGCCCUUUUCAACCUGAUUGACACUCUCCCUUUAAGAAAAGAGGAGAUGGUCCUGCAAGCCCAAAUGGGCCAGAGCUGUUAACACCUGAUGUGAUGUUCUUUUCUCUGUGGUUCCUCUUCUCUUUUCUAUAUAGUGCUGUGCACAUGGGAAGGCCUUCAAAAUAUCCUUGAUGUACAGAUUUUUUUUGUAAUUUUAAAAGUCUAUUUUAUUAUGUAUGCACUUUCUUUGCCCUUAAAAAUUGGCACGAUGGGUUCUUUUUUACUUUGAAACAUUUCAAGAAUUUAUUUGAAUAUAUUACUGUUUCUUAUUCUCUCUUUUCUGCAUUGUGGCUGAUUAACUUUGUAGACAAACCAGACUUGCACACACACUUUCACUCAAUGUGAUACAUAACUUUCUUUGAUCAUUUUGUUAAUAUAAAAACUUUUGUUAAUAAAAUAUU